AUUUAAAACCCUAUAUAUCUUCAUAAUUAGCAUAGAAAAACACACACAAUUGAAAACCAAAAGUGCAAAAGAAGAACUGCAAACUUGUAAGCCAUAAUCAUCAGAGAAAAUGGCCACGGCAGGUCUUGGACUCGAAAUCACGGAGCUGAGGUUGGGUCUCCCUGGGGAUGCUGGAAUUGACAAAAGUGAGAAGAAAAGGGUUUUCUCAGAGAUUUCAGAGGAGGAUGAAAAUGGGAAGAUCAAUGGGCAGAAAAUGCAAAGCAAGAGUCAAGUUGUGGGGUGGCCACCGGUAUGUUCGUAUAGAAAGAAGAACAAUUUCAACAACAAAGAUGGGUCUAAAACAUCAAAAAUGUACGUGAAAGUUAGCAUGGAUGGAGCUCCUUUUCUUCGCAAAUUUGAUUUAGGCAUGCUCAAAGGUUACUCUGAUCUUGCUUCGGCAUUGGAGAAGCUCUUUGGGGAGGCGUUACGGGAUGCAGACAGCUGUGAAUUCGUUCCCAUAUAUGAAGACAAAGAUGGAGACUGGAUGCUAGCAGGAGACGUUCCCUGGGAGUUGUUUAUUGAAUCAUGCAAAAGGCUGAGGAUCAUGAAAAAAGCAGAUGUCAAGGGUUUUGAAGUGAUGAGAUCAAGGGAAGCUCUCAAUGGAACUUUAAAGGAGUGACUAGAAAAGCACAUGAAUGCAUGCCGUAUUGAAGAAUUACUUGACUGAAAGCUUCUUUGAUCCUAUACUUUGUUAAAUGUUAAUUAUGGAUUAUUGAUGUUAAGACGUAAUUUGUUAUAAUGUAAUUGGGAUAGGACCCCUAAUAAUAGAUAAGAAUCCUAAUUUGCUUCCUCAUCAUGAACUUGAAGUUGUUAUUUGUUAUUUGGUG